GUGAGCGGGGGUCUCCUCUCGGAGGCAGGGAAGAGUCACCUGCUCCUUGAAUUUCUGGGGUUGUCUCCACUCUGCGACGCUGGGGUCCUGAUUGCGGGGUGGCGGGGGAGGGGUUUCUCCCCUCACCAUGGCCUUCACUUUCGCUGCCUUUUGCUACAUGCUGUCCCUGGUGCUGUGCGCUGCCCUCAUCUUCUUCGCCAUCUGGCAUAUAAUCGCCUUUGAUGAGCUAAGGACAGACUUCAAGAGCCCAAUAGACCAGUGCAAUCCAGUUCAUGCACGAGAGAGACUAAGAAACAUUGAGCGCAUCUGCUUUCUUCUGCGAAAGCUGGUGCUGCCUGAGUAUUCUAUCCAUAGCCUUUUCUGCAUCAUGUUCUUGUGUGCUCAGGAAUGGCUAACCCUGGGGCUGAAUGUUCCUCUGGUUCUACUUCACUUUUGGAGGUACUUCCAUUGCCCAGCGGAUAGUUCAGAGCUUGCAUAUGAUCCACCUGCAGUCAUGAAUGCAGACACCUUGAGUUACUGUCAGAAAGAAGCAUGGUGUAAACUAGCUUUCUAUCUCCUUUCCUUCUUCUACUAUCUUUACUGCAUGAUCUACACUUUAGUGAGCUCUUAACUCAGAAAUCCUCAUUGAAGACUGGGAACAACAAAGGAUGGAGAGCAAGGACAAGUCAGCCUAAAGUGAUGCUUGGUAAAAAGAAUAGCAAAGAGAGGAAAGCUUUGAACCCAAGCAGUAAUACAGUAUAUGAAAGACAUAUGCAGUAAGAAUAAUGGCCAGCUGUGGAUCUGGAGUACCAUGGAAACUAGGCUGAGUAAACUAUGCUUAUCUUCUGUUUCUCUGUGUAUCCCAGUCUGUGGCUUUAAAAAAAAAAGGGCAAAAAAGUAUCACAUGUGGAGACAAAGUCAAAGAACUAUCCGCAUCUGAUGGGAAAUGCUGCUUAGUGAAAUUAGUUCAUCACAAACUGCUAUUUCACAAGGAGCAAAGCUUCUCAAUGACUAUUUUGUACUGAAGAGUGAAGGGGGAGGAUCACCAUGCAUGGGAGUGGUGGCUAAGGAUCCUGCUAAUACACCUGUUAAAUACACAGCAUUCUGAUCAUGAACACUCAUCGGAAUCAAGGUGAGAUUCAUGUCAGUUAUCCAAGGAUGUUCAUCGGACUUCAGGGAAAAAAGUUAUUGUUAUCUUGACAAUUAAAUGAUUUUUAAUGCUUUUUUUCCCCACCCAUGACAAAGAAAUUAAUAACUUGCACUGGUAGUGCAGUGAUUUCCAAAAAUAUACUGUUUCUGUGAUUGAAUAUCCAGUGGUAUAUAUUUUUAUAUUCCAUCUGUGAUGCAACAGUUUAUGUAUGGUACAAUUAUGUCUAAAAUGCAUUCAGUUAUGACCUAAUUCUGUCAACCAUUCAGUAGCAUAGUUUUCCUCUUACUGGGGAAAAAAAUUGUUACAAAUCGCAAUAUUAUGGAAUGUUGUAACAUGAAUAUUCUACACACCAGAAUGGUGUAUGCAAAAUAUUGUAUCUGUAAAGGACCAGAUUAUUUUAGUCUGUAAUUUUCUCAUGCUGUUUCAUGUGUGUUGUCCAGUUUAAUCUGAAAUUAAUGGGCUGUUUUGUGCUUGUUUUCCCACAUCUUGGACAAGUAUUGUGAAGGAUGGUCAAUCCUUUUAAAAAUAUUUUAAUGCAAAGGUUUUUUACUUCAUCUUAGAACAGGUUGAUAUAGAUGGACUGUGUAUGCUUAUGAAUGAAUAAAUAUAUAUGCGCACACACACAAUCCAGCUAUAAAUAUAUAUUAAGGUAAAUUGUUUGUUUAAAACCUGUGACUAGGGUGCU